ACGGGCGUUGCUUAAGCUUGACCCGAGGGAUUUUUCUUUUCUAGGCAACCCCGACCUUACCCGCAGUUCUAGUACUCCCACGCCCCCAAUUGCGCGCCGUCGCAACUCCUGUCCGGGCAGUUGAUUGCAAAACCACAAUUCGAACCUUACCAUAGAUCCCAAUCCAAACUUCAAUAAAUUUCGUUCGAUGGUUCAUUCGGAGUGCUCUCCACCGACCGAAAGGUCAGGAUCUGCCACGGCUCCUCACUCCGAGUCGCACGAGGCCAGCAAAUCAACGGGUUCGAGUAACAAUGAAUUCGACCGGAAUGCCUCAGUAAUCCCUGCCAAAGGGAGUCUCGACUCCCCUCCACUAUAUAGCUUCCAGCCCCCGCCGCAUCGCAUUCAUGACUCGACUACGCAGCACACCCCUCAUCACCCGGUGCCCUCGCUGCAAAUUCGUACCGAUCUGCCUAUCUUCAGUCAAAUGAGCCCGCCGAGGGACGCCGACUCUCUGGUCCACCACAGCCUCUCAUCAAGCAGUCUGCCCCGUCGCACCCCUAGUUUACGCGGCCUAUUCGCCGCACCUCCCAACAGUGGAGGCUCGCUGUCGCCAGCGUCUAUAAUCUCCUCGCCGCAGCUGGUGGCCAUGGGCGACAUCACCCCUUUGCCGUCGCCCAUCAGUGGCAUGUCGCCAUGGAAACACCCCCGGCGCAAUUCCCAAUCCCUCUCGCGGACCCCUUCCACGGUCUCACGGAAAGGCUCCAGCCUGAGUUUGCGACUUAGCGAUUCGUCGCACAUGAUCGGCGCUUGCGAGCCUCGGCCACGAAGCAAACAGUACACGCUCUCGGACAAAUUGCACGAAACUCCACUCGAGUCCCCGACAAAACCACGGUCCGAAUCAGGCCCCAAACACGCGCGCAACCGCAGUCUAAGCGAAUAUGUCCCUCCCGGUCGAAGUAUUCCAAUCAAACCACGGCCCAUUGUGGUCUCGGGGACCGGCGCGCCACCGGGAAUCUCCACCUCCACCAGCACAGACUCGAAUACGAACAACCUCCACCGGGAACAAUAUUUGGCAGUACAUCGCGGAAUCGCAUUGCCGACUGUUCGCCCUCCCACCCCACCACGCAGUAGCCGUAGUGGACUUGAUGAAGAUGACAAUGAGCCGGUGAUCACCCCUGUCCCCGACACUGCGGAUGAGAUAUAUUCGGUGCGCUCGGUGCGCACGCAACAACGGCGGAAGUAUCGCAAACUCCGUCAGCUGGGUCAUGGAACGUUCAGUCAGGUCAGUCUAGCUGUGCGUGUGGAGUCGCGAGAUAGCGACCCGGCGCAAUACAGCUCCAGCUUGCAAGACGUUAAUCUUGCGACUCAAAAGUUGGUCGCGGUGAAGAUCAUCGAAUAUGGGCCCGCCGGAGGCGCAGAUGAGGAGCGCUUGGAGGUGUCUCUCAAGCGCGAGGUAGAGAUACUCAAAUCCGUCAACCAUCCGUCCUUGGUGCAGUUAAAAGCCUUUGGAAGCGACGAGAAACGUGCACUCCUCGUUCUCGACUACUGCCCGGGUGGCGACCUGUUCGAUGUGGCCUCUUCAAGCACGCGGCCCAUGAGCUCCCCCGUGAUUCGUCGUAUCUUUGCCGAAUUGGUGGCGGCCGUUCGCUACCUGCAUGAGCACUAUAUUGUGCACCGCGAUAUCAAGCUAGAGAAUGUCCUUGUCAACCUCCCUAUCCCCGCAAUGGAGAAGAUUAGUGACUGGCGCACAUACGAUCGAGCGAUUGUGACUCUCAGUGAUUUGGGGCUGUCCCGACGGAUACCGGAACCUCCGGAAAGUCCUCUGCUUCAGACACGCUGUGGUAGUGAGGAUUAUGCGGCGCCAGAGAUCUUGAUGGGUCAACCAUAUGAUGGACGAUCCACCGAUGCAUGGGCACUGGGGGUGUUGCUCUAUGCGAUGAUGGAGAAUCGACUGCCGUUUGAUGCCUUGCCGGGCACUCGAGGCGACCCGGCAAAACUGCGAGCACGCACCCCCCACCGCAUCGCGCGAGUCGAGUGGUCCUGGUACCGCUAUGCGGACAGUGAUGGCGAGUGGGAUCCUGCGAAGGGCAGUGAUCUGGAAGGUGCGCGAGAAUGCGUGGAGGGACUCUUGAAGCGCAACACCAAACGAAAGAGUCUUGACGAGAUCGCGGCAUUGCCGUGGGUCAAGGAUGCGAUCGAUGUUCCUGGCGGACUGAAGCGAGGAGACAAAGAAGUGCCGUAGAGCUGGUCUCUUGGCUCUGCCUUAUUACCAUUCUUACCUUUCUGUUUUAACCUUUACUUUUCCCCCUCUUUUUUUUUUUUCCUUUCCCGUUCUUAUAUUUCUGUGUUGUUCGUGCACUGCUUAUGAUUUAACGCUGUGACUCCGAGAGACGAUCGUAACCGCUGACGAUGCGCCUUUGUGAUUUUUCUCAGUCUAGAUCUAUCUUGUUUCUCCCGAGAUAGCUGCCACAGCGAAGAUAUACGCUUUUAGACU